AUGAACAGAUACCUGACGGACUUUGAACCUCGUGAGUGCCUGGGUCAGGGAGGGUUCGGUGUGGUCUUCAAGGCCUUCAACAGGGUCGAUGAGUGCAUGUACGCAGUCAAGAGGAUCGCCAUUCUGGACAGCAGGGUGAUGAGGGAGGUGAAGGCUCUGGCGAAGUUGGAUCAUCCAGGCAUAGUCAGGUCAAGCAACAAGAGUGACAACUUUAACAUGGCGGAUACUCAUUGCCGCAACCACAAAAAGCGUAAAACAAGCAAGCAUCGUCACAACAGAAACAAGAACAUAGUCAGCAAAUUAUAUUUGUACAUCCAAAUGCAGCUCUGCCAACAGGAAAGCCUACAGACCUGGUUAAGCACAUCUGCCUUUGACCUCCAUCUGACCUUGGACAUCUUCCAUCAGAUGGUCAGUGCCAUCUCCUAUGUGCAUGACCUAGGUCUCAUGCACCGCGAUUUGAAGCCAUCCAACAUUUUCUUCGCCAUGGACGGAUCGGUUAAGAUUGGCGACUUUGGUUUGGUUACAUUCGUGGAGGGGACAUACGGGGACGACGAUGUUUCCGGUGACGAGAGCGGGGGCGCAGUGGGUAGGGCACAUACAAGGCAGCACACGAACGAAGUUGGAACAAGGCUCUACAUGAGCCCGGAGCAGACGACAGGCGGUGGCUACGACAACAAAGUGGACAUCUACGCCCUCGGUGUCAUCUUCUACGAGAUGUGUCAGAGGUUCGGCACGCAGAUGGAGCGAGUCAGGGCCCUGCAAGCUGCCAGAGACCUCAAUUUCCAUGACCUCUUCGUGCAACAACACCCCACUGAGUUCGACUUUGUGAGACCACUACUGAGCCACACAGCCACCGAAAGACCAGACGCCAGGAAGAUUCUUCAGCAUCCACUGCUUGCUGAAUUCGAGGGGGCCACACUGGCCUCACAUCGUCUGCACAGCCAAUCACGUUUGAGGAUUCCUUCUAUGUCCUCCUCGUCCAGCAACUCUUCAUCGACGCCCCCCAACAACCUGCCCACACCAUGAUUGAGUGCUCUUGUUGAUGAUGGUGAUGACGUGGCUCUUGUUGGUGAUGGUGAUGUUGUUGAUGAUGUUG